CACCUCCUCCUCCUCCUCCUCCUGCACAGCCGCCUGGAGCGCGACGCCAACAUGGAGCCGGAGGACCUCCCGUGGCCCGGCGAGCUGGAGGAGGAGGAGGAGGAGGAGGAGGUGGAGAACGCGUCCCCGGCGGCGACCGAGGAGACCGGGGAGGCCCGGACCUCUGAAGAGACUGUGAAAGUGGAAGAGAUAGAAUUUGAAGAGGCGGGGCCCGAGGUGGAUUUGGAUUUUAACUGCGAGUCCCAAACGCGGGAAAGCACGGACGAAGAGGAGGACGAGAUGGCUAAGGCCUGGCUGCUGGCGCACCCUGGCCAAUCUGGCAGGGCAUUCCCUCCGCCCCCGCCCCCGCGGUACCUGUACGCUCCGGUGGAGCAUCUGAGGGAGACUGAGGUUGUUUCACUGACGUGCCAUGGGUGGCAGCAGUCAUCGUAUCAAGACAAUUCUAGAGCACAGCUUUCCAACUCUGGUGUAGUGUCAUUGGAAACAACAGUCCAGUGGGGUCCUGGGGAGGAACAGAGAGCAGAAUCUUGGCAUCAUCUUCCUCAAGAAAGGGACUCUUCCCAAACCUUGGAUACACCCCAGGCUGAGAUUGACGUGAGAAUAGAAGGAAUGAAAGUAAUAGACUUCCCCUCUCUGGAGAAAAGUGAAUUGACUCAGUCAGAGCGUCCAGUCAUGAAACCAAAGCUAAAUCUCUUGUGUUCUCCAUUGCUAGUCAUCCAGGAUAAUUUUGCUACUCCUGAUUUGCCUUUGCUGACAUGUUUGACACAAGACCAGGAAUUUGAGCCUGAUUCUUUGCUCCAACAAAGUGAACUAGAAUUUGCACCUUUGAGAGAGAUUCCUGAUAAGUCAGAAGAUACUGAAUGGCUUUCUCGGCCGUCAGAAGUUAGUGAAGCUUUAUUCCAGGCCACCUCAGAAACAUCUUCAGACUUAGUUAACAGUUGCCUUAGUAUAUCUCAGCAUCCACUUACAGGUAGCACAACUUUUGGGUCUCAGCGCUCUCUUUUCCCAUCUGAACAAGAGAAUAAUGGAGAGAAUGCACCACCUAAUGCUCCUGAUGAACUGAAAGGCCCCAAUGAUUCUGAUCACUAUGAUGCCCUGCUUUCAUAUAUGUCAUGGCAGACAGAAAAGGAUACUCAGCAACCAGAAGGCAAAUUGACUGAUAAAGACCAGGUUUCCACUUCAACUUUUUCUGAUGUUAGUGAUGAAAGCAUAACUGCUAGAAGAAACAAUGACUUUGGUUCGGCUUGUUCACAUGCUCAGUAUUGGAAACAGGAAACCCCACAGCAGUCAGAAGCAUGUCUACCCAGUACGGACCAGGCUUCCUUUCCAUGCGAAAUUACUCCUCCUAAUAAAAUGUCAUAUUCUUUCCCGCGAUGUAUGCUGGAAAGAGGAAAAGGGGCUCCCUUGACCUCUGUUAACCAUCUUGAGAAUGUUUGUUUAAGGUCUCCAUCUGAGGAUAAAAUGAAUCCAAAGAUGGAUUCUUUGGAGGGCUUUGAAGGAAAUGAAGAUAUGAAGAAAAAAUUACCUCCAUUUUUUAAGCAAAAGGAGAUUAGAAAUAUUUUGCCAUCACCUCAGGUGCAUGCCAAAUCUCCAGAGAUAAAGUAUCUUGGUUUGGCUGCUGUCCUUGAUAGUCAUGAACAAGUUUCAGAAGCACAUAUACUCUCUAGAGGACUUGAAAUCUCCAAACUAGAGGCUUCUGGUGGCCCCCUUCGAACAGUUAAAGCCAACUUGGAUGAGACAUCAGAACAACUGUAUUUUCAAGAGGAAAGAAACCAAAAGGCAGCUUCUACUUUUGAUGGCCUACAGGAGAAGGCUGAGUCUACCAUUGUUACUCUGCAUGGUGAUGCUGAGUACUGCAGCCUAUAUAAAACUACUGAUGUACACAGUGAAAGAGUUUCUGAACUGCAAAGAGAGGUAGACCAUUCUAAUUUGGACAUUAGCCAGCCUUUUCCAUCUCCAUUAUCUUCAUUUGUUCCUCAAGAACCAACCAGUGAGUCAAAAUAUCAUUCCCCCAAUCUCAGAAUGUUGAGGGUAUCUCUUGACACUCAAUCAACAGCUCUUACACGGUCAACAGGAGACACUUCUAAAGGAGGCAAAGUUGCAAUUACUCAAUCCAAGUUGAAACCAGAUAUCACUAACACUCUUGGAGAUUCAGACAUUGGAACACACUCACCUUUGUCCCUUGAGGAUUUAUCUCAGUUUGCUGUUGUACCUGAAGGCCGUCUAUCUGAAGAGGCUCCCCAAGCUUCAGCUCAUCUUGGAUUAGUUACUCCAAGUAUUGGGAAAUCACCUGCAAUCCCUACUUCCUGUUCACAAAGAGAGAAGCCUGGUAUUUUCUAUCAACAAACCCUAACAGGUGGCCAUUUACCUGAAGAAAUUAUGAAAACUUCAGCUGCUCCAAGGCCUACAGACCAGAAGUUUGAUAGUCCAGCUUCACUGCCUACUUCCUACACAUAUGAAGGACCUAAUGUUUUCUACCAACAAAUGCCUAAGAGUCAUUUAAGUGAAGAGACUGUGCGAGGUUCAGCUCUUCCUGGAUCAGCUACCCAGAAUGUUGGGAUAACUGUACCAUCCUUUCCUUCUCUGUCGCAUGGAGAAAAAUCUCAUACUUUCUAUUACCAGGCUUUGCCAGAAAGUUAUUUGAGCCAUCAGCCUUGGAAAGUUUCUGUUGCUCCUGGGCCUAUUGACCAGAAGACAGGAGCAGCAGUAGGCCCUUCCACAGAUAGGUAUUUUACUGUUGACCAGAAGACUGGAGCAGCAGUAGGCCCUUCCACAGAUAGGUAUUUUACUGAAGAGACUUGGAAAGUGUCAUCUGCUCCUAGGUCAGCUGGUCAGAAGCUGGAGAUGUCAACGGCACACUCUAGCCCCUACUCAAAGGGAAUAAAACCUGCUAUUUUCUAUCAGUAUCCUCUGUUAGAAAGUCAUCCAGGCAAAGAGCCUCUGAAUGGUUCAGCUGUUUCUGGAUCAGCUCAGAAGACUCAGUCCCCAACAGCAACCUCUGCUUCCCAGCCACAUAAAGAGAUAGCUAAAGCUUUCUACCAGCAGACAUUAUCAAACAGUCAUCUAACUGAAGAAGCAUUGCCCAUUUCUGUUAUUCCUGGCCGAGGUGACCAGAAGACUCCUUUACUAUCGGAAUUACCCUUUUCCUAUUCUCACAGAGCAAAGAACCUGCCUGAAGGUGUGAAAGUUUCCACUGAUUCUGGAUCUACCGACAUUCCAACAGUGUCUUCUAGUUCCUACCAGCACAAAAAGAAACCUACUGUUCCUUACCACCAAGAGUUGCCAGACAGUCAUGUACCUGCAGGGACUCAGAAAGUUUCAUUUGUAUCUGGACCAGUUGACCAGAAGUCUGGAAUUUCUCACCCAUAUGUUGAGAUUCCCUGUGUUUUCUAUCAGCAGGAGUUGCCAGGUAGUCAUUCAACAGAAAAAUCUACAAAAACAUUGAUCCUGAGGCCAGCUGUACAGAAGACUGAUCUGUCAACAGUAUCCCCUGCUUCCCCAUCACUUGCAGAAAAGCCUGUUUUGCCCUACCAGCCAACCCCUCCAGGUAGUCAGCUCUCUGGAAUAUCAACUAUAACCUCUGCCUCCUACUCUUAUAAAGAGAGGCCCAAUAUCUCUCAGCAGCAGAAGUUUCCGGACAGCUACCUAAGUGAAGAGGCCCGGAAAGUCUUGAGUACCACUGGAUCAGUAGACCAGAAGACAGGGACCCCAACAAUGUCAUUGCCCUCUAUUUAUUCACAAAAAGAGGGGCUUGGUAUUUUCUAUCAACAAGUCUUGCCAGAUCCUCUAUAUAAAGGGGCUCUACAAACUUCAGCUACUACUAGUACAGUUGACCAAAGCAUUGCUAUGCCAACUGUAUCCUGUACUUCGUUCUUACAAAGAGAGCAGCCUCAGAUUUUCUACCAGCAGGCUCCGCCAGGUGGUCAUUUGCCUGGAGAGUCUCUGAAAGUUUCAUCUGCUCCUGGACCGCCUGACCAGAACACUGGGGCACCAGCAGUAUCUCCUAGUUCUUAUUUCCCUAGAGAGGAGUCCAUUAUUUUUCACCAACCUGGCUUGUCAGGUAACCCUCUAUCUGCAGAGUGUUUCAAGGUUCCAGGGAUUUCUGGAGUAACUGAACAGAAGACUAGCACACCAGCGGGACCAUCAGGUUCCUAUCCAGUUAGAGAGAAAUCCAUUAUUUUCUACCAACAGACCUUGCCAGAUGCUCAUUUUUCUAAAGAAGCUUUGGAUGUUUUAACUUCUUCUGGACCAGCUGACCUGAAGACUGGGGCGCCACCAGUAUAUUCGACUCCCUAUUCUUUUGGAGAAAAGCCCAUUAUUUUCUAUCAGCAGGCCUUGUCAGAUGAUCAGCUAACUAAAAAAGACAGCAAAGUUUCAGUUGUUUCUGGGCCAGCUGACCAGAAGGCUGGGCUACCUCUUACCAUCUCUUCUUACUCAAAUCUAGAGAAUACCGUUGUUUCUUACCACCAAGAGUUGCCAGAUAGGCCUCUAACUGAAAACGCUGGGAAAGUUUCAGUUGUUCCUGGACCAACUGACCAGAAGACUGGGAUAUCAACCGUGCCUUCUACUUCCCACUCAAAAAUAGAGAGGCCUACUUCUUCUUACCAGCAAGAGUUUCCAGAUCUUACUGAAAAAGCUUUGGAAGUUUUAGGUGGUACUGAACCUAUUGAACAGAAAACUGAAAUACAAGCAGUGUCCUCUACUCCCUUUUACAGAGAGACGCCUAGUGUUUCUUAUCAGCAGGACUUGCCAGAUCUUACUGAAGAAGCUUUGCAAAUUUUAGCUGAUCCUGGAGUAGUACCUUCUAUCCCUUACUCAAAGGAUGCAACGCCCCUCAUCUCUUACCAGCAAGAGUCACCAGAUCUUACUGAAAAGUCUUUGAAGGCAGUAGGACCUGGCUCUACUGAUCAGAAGACUCGGGCACAAAAAGUUUCCUACUUAAGUAGAGAGCAGCCCAGUGAUUUUCAACAGGAAUUGCCAAAUACUGGUGAGGAUGCUUUAGGUGGUUUUGUUCAUCCCGGACCAUUUGUCCAGAAGGUUGGGAAAACAACAGAACCUUCAAAUUUAAAACAGAGAGAGGCCAAUGUUUUCUCUCCACAGGAGUUGCCAGUCAGCCAUCUCACAGAAGAGGGCCUGAAAGUGUCAGCUGGUUCUACACUUAAAGCACAGACACCUGGGGCUCCAACAGGGCCUUCUAGUUCCUACUUACAUAGAGAAAAGUUGAAAGCCUCACCAGAUCAUGUUCUAACUGAAAAUUCUCUGAAGGCUUCAACUGUUCCUGGAUUAUCUGACCAGAAUAGAAGACCCACAGUCUCAUCUGGCUCCUACUCACAUAAGGAGAAACAUAAGAUUUCAGCUGCAGAUCUGCGGGAUGACAAGAAGGUUGAGUUGCCAACAGUUACUCAUAAGUCCUACCUACAUAGAGAGAAGCCUGCAGUUUCAUCUGUGAUUGGACCAGAUGAUCAAAAGACUCCAUUACCAACAGCUUUUCAUGGUUCCUGUCCUCAAAAAGUAAAACCUGCUAUUUGUGUUCAAAAGCAGUUAACAGAUAGAGAUCAAAGUGAAGAUAUUCCGAAGAUUUCAACUGUCUUAGAACCAACUGUUGUAAGCACAGGUGUACCAGUACCUCUGCCUGGUUCUUAUUCACACAGAGAGAAAUUGGAUACAUCCUGUGGAUACCCACAGGAACUGCCAGACAGACAUCUAACUGAAGAUGCUCUGAAGGUUUCAAGUUGUCUUGGUCAAGCUGACCAGAUUUCUGAUUUACCUACAGCUUCUCCUGGUACUUAUUCACACAGUGAAAAGCACCAACUUGUCUCAGAACAUGCCCAAAAGCUGAUAGAUGAUUUGAAUUCUUCUGAGUCUUGUUCUCUCAUUGCAAACAGUAUGCCUUUAAAUUCUCAGAUUGAUGAUGGACUUAUCAUAUGUAAGCCAGAAUCUUCAGGUUUUGGUGAUGUUGUCUGUGAGGAAAUCCGGGAUAUAGAUCAUGGUUCUAAAACUCUUAAAGAAAUUCAGACUCUUUUAAUGGAGGCAGAAAAUAUAGCACUGAAACGAUGCAAUUUCCCUUCUCCCUUGAUUCCUUUCAGAGAUGUUAACGAUGUUUCACUUAUACAGUCAAAGAAGAUGGUUUGCUUCAGAGACCCCUCCACAACUGAUGUUUAUGCCCAGAGGGAGCCACUUCCAGAGGAGAUCCCUCACAUCGAGUGUGUACAGAAGGACAUUGGCACACAGACAAACUUCAGGGGCCACAGGGGUGUUGAAAAUUGGAAGUUUAUUCGUUCAACUACGAUUAGAAGUCCUCUACAGGAAGCAGAAGGCCCGAGAGUGGCAUUUGAUGGAACUUUCAGGCAGAUGGAAGCUUCCGGGUCUGUACUGAGGUCUGAACCUGAAGGUUGCAGUACAAGCAUUGGGAAUAAAAUUCUUAUCCCUAUGAUGACAUUCAUAAGGAGUGACUCGAGCAGUGAUGUAAGUGACGGCUGCUGCUCGUGGGACAGUAAUUUACCCGAGUCUUUGGAGUCAGUUUCUGAUGUUUUUCUAAACUUCUUUCCAUAUACUUCACCCAAGACAAGCAUCACAGAUAGCCGCGAAGAGGAGGGCUUGUCAGAGAGUGAGGAUGGCUGUGGUAGUGUAGAUUCGCUGGCUGCACAUGUGAAGUACCUUCUGCAGUGUGAAUCCUCAUUGAAUCAAGCUAAACAGAUACUUAAAAAGGCAGAGGAAGAGGAGUGUCGGGUCCGAGCCCAAGCCUGGAAUCUAAAGUUUAAUUUAGGACAUGACUAUGGAUACUCCAUUUCAGAAUUAAAUGAAGAUGACAGGAGGAAAGUAGAAGAGAUAAAGGCGAAGUUGUUUGGUCAUGGAAGAGCAACUCGCAUAUCUGAGGGCUUGCAGAGUCCACGGGGAAUAGGAUGUGUGCCUGAAGCUGUAUGCAAUCACAUUGUUAUUGAGAGUCAUGAGAAAGGAUGUUUCCGGACUCUUACUGCUGAGCGACCACGACCAGACAGCUGCCACGGUGUUUCCCGAUCUGUUGAACCUUCAGAUUUGAUUAGAGGACAACGGAGCCCAUCAUCAAGGAGAGGCAGGCACAUCAACCUUUCCAGAUCAGUAGAUCAGAGCAAUACCCGUUUCAAAGUUUGGAAUUCCUUACAGUUACAGAGUCAUCCCCCAUUUCAAAAACUUGCACCCGAUGACAUCAAAAUUAGCAAGGGUGUUGGAAUGCCAUUCCAUACAAACAUGGACCCUCAGCCUUUGGGAUUAGUAGAGCCUACUUGUGUGCCAGCUAAAGGAAUGGAUUUUCUUUCCUCAUCACAAAUACUGCCCCCUGAACCCACGGAGCAGUUCACUACCUCUAUCACUUUUUCUUCUCACGAACACUCUAAAUACAUUUCUGAUUCCUCUGUUUUUAAGGUUGGUGUUACUGAAGGUAGCCAGUAUACUGGACCAUCUUUAGGAGUGUUUAAGUCUCAUAUCUCUGAAGAGCAGAUUUCUCUUAGAGAUCUUAAACAGAAAACCUCUUCCCCUUCAUCACUUAAAAGGCAUAGUCAUUCACCAGUGACUGUUUUAGCGGAAGGUAGUAAGCAAAGGCAAAAAUUACUUCUUGAUUCCCAGCAUUCUCAUCAAAACCAAAAAAUCUCAGAAAGAUCAGAGUUUAAAGCCAGUCCUUCUGAACCCAGUGUCAGUCCAAACUAUAGCACUUUCAAGGGAGCUCAGUUUUUUGGUAAGGAUACCAUUAUUAACCCAGACGAACUAAAUACUACACUCGAUGUAAAAGAAAAGAAUGUAGCUGUAGCUCCUGAUCUACCUUCUUGCAUUUUCCUUGAACAACGAGAGCUCUUUAAACAAAGCCACACUCCACAUACAGAUCACCAGAUGAGGAAAUACUCUUCUCCAUUUUGUCCAGACAUUGCUUCUUGCAUUUUUCUUGAACAGAAAGAACUCUUUGAGCAAAACCAAGCCCCACAUGUAGAUCGUGAAAACAGAGAAGAUCCUAAGUGCCAGGAUUAUAUAAUUGCAGAUCUUCCUUCUCCCGAUUUUCUUGAUGAGCAGCGAUGCAAAUCCCCAGAUGUAGAUGACCACAUGAGAAAACAGCAGUUCCCUCUUUCUCAAGGUCAGGAUUGGGUAGUAGAAAAGAUUCAGCAUAUACCUCAGUCACAGUUUUCUAAUACGAUAAAUGUUGAAGCCAAGGUCAGUAAUUUGAUCUCCCAGUCAGCCCCUGACCACUGUACAUCUCCAUCUAUUCCACCUCCAAAUAGGAAAGCACUUUCAUGUCUUCGUAUAACUCUUUGUCCCAAGACUUCUUCCAAGUUGGAUAGUGGAACCUUAGAUGAAAGGUUUCAUUCAUUGGAUCCUGCUUCUAAAACAAGAAUUAAUAGUGAGUUUGACUUUGAUCUUCGAACUGUAUCUUCAAGGUCAUUGAAACCAACCUCCAAAUUACUGACCUGUAAACCUGUAGUACAGGAUCAAGAAUCUUUAGGUUUUCUAGGACAUAACUCUCCACUGGACUUGCAAGUUGCACAGUCUUCUCUUCCAGAUAGUGAGACUAUUUCUCAGAACUUGAAAACCAAACCUACUCAGAAUAGCCAGAUAGUAACGUCAAGGCAAACACAAGCGAACAUUUCAGAUUUGGAAGAAUUUUCCAAACCAGAGGGGACUCCAGUAUCUGCAGAUGGUUCACAAGAACAGAGUAAGGCUCCCUUUCCUACAUCCUCCGGAAAGUUAUCAUCUGAUGCAGUCACUCAGAUAACAACAGAAAGUCCAGAAAAGACCACGUUUUCUUCUGAAAUUUUUAUUAAUGUUGAUAAUUAUGGACAGGAAACUUUGGGCUCCAUGGUUAAAAAGUCACUCAAGUUUGCCCCAUCAUCUUCGAUGCAAGAAAUCACAUCUUCUCUUGGCAAAGACACCCAGCCUGUACUGUUGCCAUAUAAGCCAUCGGGAAGUUCAGAGAUGUACUAUGUUCCACAAUUAAAAGCAGUUCCUUCAGAUCCGGAUACCAAAUCAGAUACCACUGUUGAGAGCUCACAUUCAGGAUCCAAUGAUGCUGUUGCCCCAGACUUUCCACCUCAAGUGCUAGGCACAAGAGAUGAUGACCUUUCAGCCACUGUGAACAUUAAGCAUACAGAAGGGAUCUAUAGUAAGAGGGCCGCAACAACAACGGGGAAAAAGCCCCCUCGGAAAGACAAUGCAGAGGCCCCAGUUCAAGUGCCCGUCAUUGGGGAUCAGAAUGUCUCAGACGGAAAACAGAAAGAGAUCAUCAGUAGACGGGUUGUGACCAAGAUGACAUGGCCUGAAGAAAGAAGUUCCUUGCAGGACACUGCAGGUUCCAGUGAUACCAUUGUACAAGACAGAAAAACUGAAAAACUCUCCAAUACUAAAUCCAUCAUACAGAAGGAGGAGAUCCAUGUUAAAAGGACCAUCCCUCAGGAACUCUGCCCAGAGAAAGAAGGAUCCUUAGAGAUAGAUAUUUCAGAGUCUCAAUGCCGUUCUGCAUUUGAAAACACCACACACUCUGUCUUCAGGUCAGCUAAGUUUUAUUUUCAUCAUCCUGUGCACCUGCCCCACGAGCAAGAUUUCUGCCCCGAGUCUUUGGGAAGGAGUGUUUUCAUGCAGCAUUCUUGGAAGGAUUUCUUUCACCAUCAUUCGGAGCACAGCUGCCUUCCUCCCCCUGGCACAAGUGCAGACAAGACCAAGAUGGAUUACACCAGAAUUAAGAGCCUCAGCAUCAAUUUGAAUUUGGGAGACAAUGAGAAGACAAAUACUGUCAAGAAUCAGGCUGGAGACCCAAAAGGCAAAAGACAGACAAAUGACCCAAAAAAGGAUCAGAAGGUCACCCCAGAGCUAGCAGCACAGUGCACUGUGAGUUUGAAUGAACUCUGGAAUAAGUACCAGGAGCGACAGAAACAGCAGAAACCACCUGCUGUUUGUGAAAAGAAAGAACUGUCUUUGGUGGAACGACUUGAUCGUUUGGCUAAACUGCUUCAGAAUCCCAUCACACAUUCUCUCCAGGCCUCAGAAAGUACCCAAGAUGAAAGUAGAGGGGGACGAGGUGUGAGGGGCUGGACUGGGAGGAGGCGGCAUCAGCUUAAAGGCAAGCUGCAGAGGAAGCAGCGUAAGAGCCUAGAGAGGGGCCACAGUGGGAAAUCCAAUCAGAUUAAAAUUGAGCAGGUUAAAUUAGAUAAAUACAUCCUGAGAAAACGACCGGAUUUUAAUUAUGUCAGUAAUACCUCCUCAGAUUCUAGACCCUCAGACGAAAGUGAGCUCCUCACAGAUAGUCCCAACAUUUUCUCCAGCACUACUUCUCCUAUGGACUCAGAUGUGCUGACUCAGACUGACAGGGAUGUGACUUUAAAUGACAGGAGUAGCUCCAUAUCCACCAUUGACACAGCCCGGCUGAUCCAAGCUUUUGGCCAUGAAAAACUGUGUUUGUCACCCAGGCGAAUGAAAUUAUACAGCAGUGUCACUAAUCAGCAGAGGAGAUUUCUGGAGAAGCGGUAUAAGCACAGCAAGAAGGCACUGAGCACGGGCUAUCCCCAAAUGACUUCUGAGUACACCAGAAGGAGGCACAUCCAGGUGGCAAAUCAGAUUUCCUCUGACUCCGGUUCAUCUGCUGGUAGUUUCUUGAGCUUGACUUCUACUCUUUACGAUGAAGAAAGUGUGCAUAUGUUGAACAAGGGUGUACAAGCUGGUAACUUGGAGAUUGUGACCGGUGUCAAAAAAUACACUCGUGAUGUUGGGGUGAUUUUCCCAACUCCCAGUCCUAGUGAACCCAGAUUGGAAGAGGACAGUGAUGUGACUUCUUGGUCAGAAGAAAAAGCCAAAGAGAAAAAGUUCCUUACCAGUUAUCUGCGGGACAAAAACUUAAGGAAGAACAAGCCAAAUUUCUGUGAAGGUGUCUCAUGGUUUGUUCCUGUGGAAAAUAGAAAGUCUGGAUCUAAGAAGGAAAACCUGCCCAAGAUUUAUGGCCCUGGUAUCUCCUGGUUUGAACCAGUAACCAAAACCAAGCCCUGGAGAGAGCCCCUGAGGGAACAAAACCGGCAGGAGCAGUGCGUGAACAGUCGUGGGUCCCUGGGAGGCCCAGGUGGAGAUGGUGGCCGGGCUGCUUUUAGGCCAUUUGUGAGAGCAACCCUGCAGGAAUCUCUUCAGCUUCACAGACCUGAUUUCAUCUCCCGCUCUGGGGAGCGGAUAAAGCGCCUGAAGCUACUAGUCCAGGAGAGGAAGCUACAGAGCUUGUUCCAGAGUGAGCGGGAGGUUCUGUUCAAUGCCGUGCGGCCCCUGCCUAGGAGAGCCCUCCUGACUGCCCAGAAGAACAAGCCUAUUGGAAAGAAGGAAAUGAUCCAGAGGACCAAACGGAUUUAUGAGCAGCUUCCAGAAGUGAAGAAGAAGAGAGAAGAGGAGAAGAGGAAAUCAGAAUAUAAAUCCUACCGACUGCGAGCUCAGCACUAUAAAACGAAAGUGACCAACCAACUCCUGGGGAGAAAAGUGCCUUGGGACUGACAUAAGACUACUUUCCUCAGAGCCUAGGAAUACUUUUUUAUAAGCCUAAAGAAGCCUAAUUUAUUCUUUAAUGAGUGAUUUAAUAAAGCUUUCUCUUUGUC